UUUCUUCCCUUUGUCAUCGCUGUCUCUGACUUCCUUGUCUUCCCCCUCCUUCCUUUUUGCUUCUCCGCCGUAUCCUCUCUCUCUUACCACCACUAUUACCUCCGGAGAGUCGAAUCACUCAUCACAAGCGUACAAAAGCAUCACACUCUAGGGGAAAAAAAUUCUGAAUUAAAAGCUGUGAUUUUUUCCGAGUUGGAGAAGUUUGGUUGGAUCUGAGAGUUCAAUUAAGCGGUAAAAGUUAUAACCUUGGCGGGAGGGGGGUUUAAUUGAUGGUUUCGACGGCGGCUAGAACCACCUCCGGGGAUUUUGAUUGUAGACGAUGAACAAGGGUAAGGAUCGAAGAGGAGGGCGGUGGUGUCGUUCUGGUGAUUAUUUCACAUGGAAUGGCAGAUCUUGUGACCUUUAGUAAUGCUUCUUCUGACCACACCCUUGAACAAGCAUUGGUUACAUUGAAGAAGGGCUCUCAGCUUUUGAAAUAUGGUCGCAAAGGAAAGCCAAAGUUUUAUCCUUUUAGACUCUCUAGUGAUGAAAAGUCUUUAAUCUGGAUAUCGAGUAGCGGUGAAAAGCGACUUAAGUUAGCUUCUGUAUCUAAAAUUGUACCUGGGCAAAGAACUGCUGUUUUCCAGCGUUACCUUCGCCCAGAGAAAGAUUACUUAUCUUUUUCUCUCUUAUACAACGGAAAAAAGAAGUCUCUUGACUUGAUUUGUAAGGACAAGGCUGAGGCUGAAGCUUGGAUUGGAGGCCUUAGAACAUUAAUAUCUGCCGGGCAAGGCGGACGCUCAAAGAUUGAUGGCUGGAAUGGCGGAAACAUCUCAGUUGAUAGCAACAGCAGAGACUUGACAUCGAGCAGCCAAAGCAGCACCUCUGCGACGAGUCACAGCUCUCCUGGGACUCCCUUUAGUUUUGAUCCAGUUGCUUCUCCCAAGAGUGAGGUUCCUUCAACUACUGAUUCAGAGAAGUCACAUGUUUUACUAGACACCAAAAGCAUGAUGCAAACGAAGGUCCCUGGUUCAGAUGGGUUUCGAGUCAGCGUCUCUAGCGCACAGAGCAGUUCUAGUCACGGUUCCGCAGCAGACGAAGCUGAUGCUCUAGGUGACGUGUACAUUUGGGGUGAGGUGAUCUGCGACAAUGUCGUCAAGGUAGGGAUUGACAAGAACGCGAGUUACGUGACUACCACGAGAACCGACGUCCUUGUCCCGAAGCCGCUGGAGUCGAACAUCGUCCUUGACGUUCAUCAGAUCGCGUGCGGUGUGAGGCACGCCGCGUUUGUGACGAGGCAAGGUGAGAUUUUCACUUGGGGUGAAGAGUCUGGAGGUAGACUAGGUCACGGUAUUGGGAAAGACGUCUUCCACCCUCGUCUCGUUGACUCUCUAUCAGCUACUACUGACUUCGUUGCUUGUGGAGAGUUCCACACUUGUGCUGUUACUCUAACCGGAGAGCUUUACACAUGGGGUGAUGGGACGCAUAACGUUGGCCUUCUUGGUCACGGCUCUGCUAUUAGUCACUGGAUACCAAAGAGAAUCGCUGGUCCUCUGGAAGGACUCCACGUGGCUUCGGUGACUUGCGGACCCUGGCACACCGCCUUGGUGACGUCGCACGGGAGGCUUUUCACGUUCGGAGAUGGGACGUUUGGUGUGUUGGGGCAUGGAGACAGGGAGACGGUUCAGUGUCCGAGGGAGGUUGAGUCUUUGUCAGGACUGAGAACGAUUGCGGUUUCGUGUGGGGUUUGGCACACGGCUGCUGUUGUGGAGAUCAUUGUCACGCAGUCGAAUGCUAGCUCUGUAUCGUCAGGGAAGCUCUUCACGUGGGGUGAUGGAGAUAAGAAUCGUCUAGGACACGGUGAUAAGGACGCUAGGCUUAAACCGACUUGCGUCCCUGCGUUGAUUGAUUAUAACUUUCACAGGAUUGCUUGUGGACAUAGUUUAACGGUUGGUUUAACGACUUCAGGACAAGUGUUCACGAUGGGGAGUACUGUCUACGGCCAGCUCGGAAACUUAAAUACAGACGGGAAGCUACCUUGUUUGGUGGAGGACAAGCUCGCUAGCGAGUUUGUCGAAGAGAUCUCUUGCGGUGCGUAUCACGUGGCGGCUUUAACGUCUAGAAACGAAGUUUACACGUGGGGAAAAGGAGCUAACGGGAGAUUAGGACACGGUGAUCUAGAGGAUCGGAAACUACCGACUCUAGUGGAAGCUUUGAAAGACAGACACGUUAAGUACAUCGCUUGCGGAUCAAACUACACGGCAGCGAUAUGUCUGCACAGAUGGGUCUCUGGUGCUGAGCAGUCUCAGUGCUCAGCCUGUAGACUAGCUUUUGGCUUUACGAGGAAGAGACAUAACUGUUACAACUGCGGACUCGUGCACUGCCAUUCGUGCAGUUCCAAGAAAGCGUUCAGAGCCGCGUUGGCUCCGAGCGCUGGGAGGCUGUACCGUGUCUGCGACUCUUGUUAUGUUAAGCUGAGCAAAGUCUCUGAGAUGAGCGAUGCGAACAGAAGGAUUGUGCCUCGUCUCUCGGGGGAGAACAAGGAUAGAUUGGAUAAGUCUGAGAUAAGGUUAGCUAAGUUUGGUGGUGCGUCUAAUGUGGAUUUGAUCAAGCAGUUGGAUAGCAAAGCUGCUAAACAAGGGAAGAAGAGUGAUAGCCGUAGCUCUCAGCUGCCUUCUCUGUUGCAGCUGAAAGAUGCGGUGCAGUCUAAUAUGGGAAGGUCUACUCCGAAGCUAGCUCAGGGUCCGUCUGGUGGUGGUGUUAUUAGCUCCAGGUCGGUUUCACCUUUCUCUAGGAGGUCUAGUCCUCCUCCUCGCUCUGCUACUCCUAUGCCUUCGACUUCUGGGAUUUAUUUCCCGGUGGGGAUUGCAAAUAAUGUGAAGAAAACUAAUGAGGUUCUGAAUCAGGAGAUCAUUAAGUUGCGAACACAGGUUGACAGUUUGACUCAGAAGUGUGAACUCCAAGAAGUAGAGCUUCAGAACUCGGUUAAGAAGACUCAGGAAGCCUUGGCAUUGGCAGAGGAAGAGUCUGCCAAAUCAAGAGCUGCUAAGGAAGCAAUAAAGUCACUCAUAGCGCAGCUCAAGGAUGUAGCUGAGAAGCUACCUCCUGGUGAGAGCAUCAAACUCACCUGCCUACAAAACGGUUUCAAUUUCCCCGAAGAAAAUGGUUUCCUUCAUUCAAGAUCGGAGUCCAUGACUUCCUCUGUAUCUUCACUUGCUCCUUCUGACUUCGCCUUUGCCAAUGCAUCAUGGUCUAGUCUCCAAUCGCCAAAGCACACUCCUAGAGCCAGCGAAAGAAACAACAACAACAACAACAACGGUUAUCCAGUAGAUCCGCGGCUUAGCAGCAGCGGGUCAGUAAUCAGUGAGAGACACGAGCCUUUCCAGUUCCAAAACGACAAUGGUUCGAGCCACACAGGAGCUUUUGACAAUACGAAUGAUGUAGAAGCAGAGUGGAUCGAACAGUAUGAGCCUGGUGUGUAUAUAACCCUUGUGGCACUUCAUGAUGGAACUAGAGAGCUAAGAAGAGUCCGCUUCAGCCGGAGAAGAUUCGGUGAACAUCAAGCAGAGACAUGGUGGUCGGAGAAUCGAGAAAAAGUGUAUGAGAAAUAUAAUGUGAGAGUGUCUGAAAAACCAACAGCUUCUCAAACGCAUAGAGACGGAGACCAUGAAGAAGAAGAUGUUCCUCAGUAGGUUUGUAUGGUUUUGCACUUAUAAGUUUUAGUUUCUUUGCUUUUUUUUUCCCCGAAACUCUUGAUUUGUUCAACUUAAUCCUUCUUCCUUUUGAUCUACUCUCUUUGGGAGGUUAAUGUUCAUGUCCUUAGAUGUAAUCUUGUAUAUAUAAAAAGACCACCUGUUCUCUGUUCA